AUGCCAUAUAUACGAUACAUUGUAGGCGAUUUUAUCAUUGAAGAAGAUGAUUAUUAUAUGUCAACUUCAGAUAAAGGAAAAUGUCUGGAAUACAGCAUUGCAAAAUAUCUUAGGAGUCGAGGCGUAAAUUGUCGAUUGUACAAUGAUGACACAUUACUUAUAUUUGCUGCUGUAUUAUUUAGGAACCCGUUUGAUGGCGGUCGUCCGACCAUUGACGAGCUGAAAGGAGUACUAAGCACACGCAAUAGAUUUACUAUCGGUGUAGUAGCAAGUUUCUCAAAAAAAUUAGGUAUAAUUUUAAACGUUCUCGCUGGGAAAUGA